CAACAUGGAGAGCUAUAUCUGGGGCGGAAAACCAUAGAGUGCGGCCGCGAGCUAGAGCGGUGCCGUCUGUGUUCCUGGGACUGGGGUUGGCGUGGUGCAUUGUGGGCUGGCGGCAGGGUGAUGUCGGUAGGCGCUGUGCGGCGGUACGUGGCGGCGGCGCUCAGCCGUUGUCGGGCCCGCGGGCCGCCACUCUGGGAACCGGCACCGGCCCCAGCCCGUGGACUGCGGCCCUUGGGAACGGGGGGAGCCGCCGUCGCCCUCCCGCUGUUGCUGCCGCCGCGGAGGCACCUCUCGUCCCGAAACCGUCCAGAGGGCAAAGUAUUGGAGACUGUGGGGGUGUUUGAGGCACCGAAGCAGCAUGGCAAAUACGAGACCGGUCAGCUAUUUCUUCAUAGUGUGUUUGGCUAUCGAGGAAUAGUCCUGUUUCCAUGGCAAGCCAGGCUUUAUGAUCGAGAUGUGGCUUCUCCUGUCACAGAAAAGAGCGAGAAUGCGACAGGCCAUGGUUCCAAAGAGGUGAAGGGCAAAACACAUACUUACUACCAGGUGCUAAUAGAUGCUCGGGAUUGUCCACAUAUAUCUCAGAGAUCCCAGACGGAAGCAGUGACGUUCCUGGCAAAUCAUGAUGACAGCAGAGCCCUCUAUGCUAUCCCAGGUUUAGACUACGUAAGCCAUGAAGAUAUCCUUCCCUACAGCUCCACAGAUCAAGUACCCAUCCAGCAUGAGCUCUUUGAGAGGUUUCUCAUGUACGACCAAACAAAAGUUCCACCUUUUGUAGCACGGGAUACGCUGUGUGCGUGGCAGGAGAAGAACCAUCCCUGGCUGGAGCUCUCCGAUGUGCACCGAGAAACCACAGAGAACAUCCGCGUCACAGUCAUCCCUUUCUAUAUGGGCAUGAGGGAAGCCCAGAAUUCCCAUGUCUACUGGUGGCGCUACUGUAUUCGCUUGGAGAACCUUGACAGCGAAGUGGUACAACUCCGAGAACGGCACUGGAGGAUAUUUAGCUUGUCUGGCACCUUGGAAACGGUCAGGGGCCGUGGCGUUGUAGGGAGGGAGCCAGUUUUAUCCAAAGAACAGCCAGCAUUUCAGUACAGCAGUCAUGUCUCCCUGCAGGCAUCCAGUGGUCACAUGUGGGGUACUUUUCGAUUUGAGAGGCCUGAUGGCUCCCACUUUGACGUCCGAAUCCCACCCUUUUCUCUGGAAAGCAACAAAGAUGAGAAGACCCCCCCUUCCGGCCUUCACUGGUAGAUGGAGCAGACGGAUUGCCGGGACCCGCAGAGACCUGUGUGUGAUGUAGACCUUUGCCUCCCCAUUACACUGCAGCCAAGAACAAAGAGCUUUUAAACAUUUUAAACCAUUUUUGUUUUAACGUUGUCUAACGGGGAGGCUGUUUUGAACUUUAAUACUGGCUCUCUCAGGCCCCUUGUAAACACAAGCUGUGUUACAGUUAACCCUUCCCUUUGUGGCGCCGCUGGGGUUCGAGCUGGGGAACAUAAAUCGGUGCUGCAGCAGAAGAUUGGCCCCCAGCAGGCCCAGACCCUCUCCAAUGUGUUGUGAAUUCUCUGCAAUGUGAGGUUUCUCUAAUAAACUGGCCCUUCCAGUUGCAACCAGUCUUCCUUUACAAACCAAGGCCUAGGCUUUGUAUCCAGCCUGCCCCGGCUUGUUGCUCCCAUCCUCCUUGCCAUGCAAAGUGGAGUCAGCCAAGACUUAGUGCUGCUUGGGGAGGCAGCAGCAAAGACCUUUUAGGAAGCAGAAAUGUGAGCUCAGCCUCCCUGCGGUGCAGCUGCUUUCUGGGAUUUAGCUAGCGUGUGGCAGAGCAGCCUGUGAGCUCUGAGAACUCCGCUUCUCCUUACACAGCUCAUCUGGGCUGAACGCUGGAGCAAUGCGAAGCCAGUUUUCUCAGAGGAGAGAGCACAGAGGGAGGGAAAGUGGGUUGGCAGGUGGUGCUGAGUGUGCCCAGAGCUUCGGGCUGUGUAUUGUGGUUGUACAGGAGAGCUGAAAGGAGCUCUCCCCUAGUGAGGCCUUGCCUCGCUGCCGGGAUGUGCAUCCUGGCUGCCAGAGCAGACUUUGCUGCUCACACUGCAGCUGUAACCGUAUUUCCCUGGUGGUUUUUGCUUUGGCAGGAAGAGCUUCUUUUAACCUGCUGUGCUGUUGGCCACAUGAGAUGGCGCUUGAGUUUUGCUCCUGCUUGCUCAGCAGGUUGUAAUUUUGCUACUUGGUGUGGAGGGCCCAGCAGAACCGGUCAGUGAAAUGGCUGUAAGCGGUGUGGAGUUGUGGGAAUGCUGCUUUUACACACACACAGGGCCAGGUCCACAGUGCAAAUGCAGCGUUAGCUCUUUUUCCACACCAGAGCAGCUCUUGGCAGCUCUGAGGAUUGUAGAGACCUGGGGAAUCACAGCCCCUGUGGUUGGGACCCCUCUGGCUGGCUUUGGGUUUCCAGAUUUCUGGAUGGCUCGCAGGGGCAGAGGUUGUUGGCUUUGUGAUGGGAACCAUGGAAAGAAGAAGUUUCAAACCCUGGAAACUCCUUUCCUUGGCUUUCCUUAAAGGACAAGGGAUAACCAACUCAUGGGACUGCUGUUUGUUUCUGAAUCGGAAGUAUUCUAGUUAUCCCCUCUUCCCCUGAGGCUUCUCUCGACAGCCUCUCUGCAUGUGGCUCCGCCAGGCAGUGCUGUGGCUGUCAUGACUGAUGGACAAACACCCUUCAGAAAUGACAGUGGGAGAGCCUCGCGUGCUGUCCCACAGCCAGCAGAUAGCUGUGCAGAGAGGCUUAGUGCUGUUGAAGCAGUAGUACUUUAUCUGUCACUGAUGUCUUAAUUGUGUGUCUUCCUUCCAUCUCCUGCGGGAUGUGGUAGUUACGUUUCUUUCAGAUUUGAAAGGUUUAGACAGCCAGCCUGCUUUUAGGGGUAGAAAAGGAUCUGUAAAGCUGACAACCCCAUGCUGCCACUGCCAUUAUGAUUCCUUCACAGGAGGAAAAGGCGGGGAUUAUGCCUUGUGUUUGGAGGAACCAGCGACUUGCAGGAACCUGCUUUUUCCCUCCCAUGCAGUUGCUCAAUUGAGAUCGCAAUAGGAGCUGCCCUACUUCUCCCUUGGGUUGUAGACUUCAGCUUUACGGGCAGUUGCACCACCACUGUGAAUGGUUAACUCUGUCGCUCACCUGCCUGAGUGUCUGGGGUGCUGUGAACCUAAUCCUUCCUGUAAUGAGUAGACAGUGUUACAUUGUGGAGCGAUGGUGUGGUUCUGGAUGUCGAGGCUCUGCAGAGCAGCUUUGGCAGCUGUGGGGCUCCCACACUGUGCGUGGUGGGACGUGCCACUGCAGCAGGGCACGGCUGAGGCCUCGGGCUGUGGCAAUGGAGACGCAGACCUUGCAGUUUUCUCUAAUCAUAUUCUUUUAAUCAGCACGGCACACAGAGGUUGAAUUAAGAAAGUACACUGGCUUCUGUGUUUUAGGCAGAUUUUAUACACCUCUUCAGUUCCGAACUAAGAUGACAAACAGUAUAUUUUGUUUUGUCUAUUACACACUUGUGUUCCCAGGUGGGUUUUUCCAGACUGGCUUUUUCUCGUGCACUCAAGAUUCUUGUUUGGAGCACCUGUUUUUUUAGUCAUGUUU